GGGCGGGCAGAGCGGGAGGCAGAGGAGCGCGCGGCGGCGGCCCCGCAGCCGAGACGCAUCUGCUGUGCGUUUGCUCCGGCCGGAGCAUCAGCUAAGCCUGUUUCCUGACGCCUGACCCGCCCUGACCCUGCUCCCUCGUUAACAGGUGACAGACGCCAUGCAGGAGUUGGAUGAAGAGUGUUUGGUGAGUGGAGAAGGUGGAGUUGAAAUUGGAACCCAUUGGAAUGUCACUGUGAAACGUUUGGGCUGGGGCCCUUUGAUGACUGCAGACCUGUGGAGGUAACAACUAGUGAAGAACUGAAAGUCAUGUCUGGCAUCAAGCGAACCAUCAAAGAAACCGACCCCGACUACGAGGAUGUAUCUGUGGCCCUUCCAAAUAAGCGGCAUAAGGCAAUUGAGAAUUCAGCUCGAGAUGCUGCUGUGCAGAAGAUUGAGACUAUCAUCAAAGAACAGUUUGCUCUUGAAAUGAAGAAUAAGGAGCAUGAGAUUGAAGUCAUUGAUCAGCGGCUGAUCGAAGCUCGGAGGAUGAUGGAUAAACUUCGGGCGUGCAUUGUAGCAAAUUACUACGCUUCUGCAGGUCUUCUGAAAGUGUCUGAGGGAUCCAAGACAUGUGAUACCAUGGUUUUUAACCAUCCUGCUAUCAAGAAAUUUUUGGAAUCACCAUCUAGGUCAUCAUCUCCUAUGAAUCAGCGAUCAGACACGCCAUCAGCUAAUUAUUCAGAAAGUGAUUCUUUAUCACAGCACAAUGACUUCUUAUCUGACAAAGAUAAUAACAGCAAUAUGGAUCUGGAGGAAAGACUCUCAAACAAUGUGGAGCAGAAGCCAAGCCGGAACGCUGGAAGGGACACUUCUAGUGUUGCUGGUUCCCAUAAAACAGAACAGCGGAAUGCUGAUCUCACAGGAGACGAGACUUCACGACUUUUUGUGAAGAAAACUAUUGUAGUAGGCAACGUGUCCAAGUACAUACCACCAGAUAAGAGAGAAGAAAAUGACCAAUCGACCCAUAAGUGGAUGGUGUAUGUGCGAGGGUCUCGUAGAGAACCCAGCAUUAAUCAUUUUGUCAAAAAAGUGUGGUUCUUCCUUCAUCCCAGCUAUAAACCAAACGACCUUGUUGAAGUUAGAGAGCCUCCUUUUCACCUGACCAGAAGAGGCUGGGGUGAGUUUCCUGUCAGAGUUCAAGUGCACUUUAAGGACAGCCAGAACAAGCGGAUAGAUAUCAUACAUAAUCUGAAGCUGGAUAGGACCUACACGGGCUUGCAGACCCUUGGUGCAGAAACGGUAGUGGAUGUCGAGCUCCACCGGCACUCUCUCGGAGAAGACUCCAUUUACCCUCCGUCCUCUGAGUCGGACGUCUCGGAUGCCCCUCCAUCUUUACCUCUGACCAUUCCAGCCCCAGUGAAGGCUUCUUCACCAAUAAAGCAGUCCCUUGAGCCAGUUCUUGAUGCCUCGGUGGAGAAAGGAUUCCCAGCCAGCGCGGAAGCUGAGAGACACACUACAUUUUGUUCUUUGCCGUCUUCAUUGGAAAGAACGCCCACUAAAGUGACAGUGUCCCAGAAAGUUACUUUUUGUUCUCAUGGCAAUUCAGCUUUCCAGCCAAUAGCAUCAAGCUGCAAAAUUGUACCGCAAAGUCAGAUCCCUAAUCCUGAGUCACCUGGAAAAUCCUUCCAGCCCAUUACCAUGAGCUGCAAGAUUGUCUCAGGUUCCCCAAUAUCAACUCCAAGUCCAUCACCAUUGCCUCGAACCCCUACUUCCACUCCAAUCCAUGUGAAGCAGGGCACUGCCAGCUCUGUUACGAACAACCCUUACGUUAUCAUGGAUAAGCCGGGGCAGGUUAUUGGAGCCUCCACUGCGAGCACAGGAAGUCCUACAAACAAGCUCUCCACCGCUUCUCAGGUCUCCCAAGGAACAGGUUCCCCUGUUCCUAAAAUUCACGGAAGUAGUUUUGUAACAUCCACUGUCAAGCAGGAAGACUCUUUGUUUGCAUCUAUGCCACCUCUUUGCCCAAUUGGGAGUCACCCUAAGGUUCAGAGCCCCAAACCUAUAACUGGAGGACUUGGAGCUUUCACAAAAGUGAUCAUCAAACAGGAACCUGGUGAAGCCCCUCAUGUUCCCACAACAGGAGCUGCCGGACAGUCACCACUUCCUCAGUAUGUGACCGUGAAAGGGGGUCACAUGAUAGCUGUGUCCCCUCAGAAACAAGUCAUAACUGCUGCAGAAGGGACUGGCCAGUCACCAAAGAUUCAGCCCUCAAAGGUUGUCGGGGUGCCAGUUGGGUCUGCCUUACCUUCAGCGGUGAAGCAGGCUGUGGCAAUCAGUGGUGGCCAGAUCCUUGUUGCCAAGGCUAGCUCUUCUGUUGCCAAAGCAGUUGGUCCAAAGCAAGUUAUGACCCAAGGAGUUGCCAAAGCCCUUGUGAGCGGAGGUGGAGGAACCAUUGUUGCGCAGCCAGUACAGGCCUUGACCAAGGCACAGGUCACUGCCUCUGGCCCUCCAAAGAGUGGAUCCCAGGGCUCAGUAAUGGCAACCUUGCAGCUACCAGCCACUAACUUGGCUAACUUGGCAAACUUGCCUCCAGGCACUAAACUGUACCUUACCACGAACAGCAAGAACCCUUCGGGGAAGGGGAAGCUACUGCUGAUUCCACAGGGAGCCAUCCUGCGAGCAACCAACAAUGCCAACCUGCAGUCAAGCUCAGCGGCCAGCAGUGGUGGUGCAGGUGGGGGAGGCGGAGGCAGCAGCGGAGGAGGUGCUGCAGCAGGAGGGACACAGAGUGCUGCCAGCCCUGGCGGGGUUUCCCAGCACCUGACAUACACAUCCUACAUCCUCAAGCAAACUCCCCAGGGCACAUUUUUAGUUGGCCAGCCCUCACCCCAGACAUCUGGUAAACAUCUGGCUGCUGGAUCAGUGGUCCAAGGAGCACUGGGAGUCAGCUCCUCUUCUGCACAAGGACAGCAGACAUUGAAAGUUAUCUCUGGACAGAAAACCACCUUGUUUACACAGGCAGCCCCUGGGGGACAAGCAUCGCUAAUGAAAAUAUCCGAUAGCACCUUGAAAUCUGUGCCGGCCACCUCCCAACUCUCAAAGCCUGGGACCACCAUGCUGCGAGUAGCAGGAGGGGUUAUCACAGCGGCUGCUUCCCCCGCGGUGGCCCUCUCAGCAAACGGGCCUGCACAGCAGUCCGAAGGAACAGUCCCCAGCUCUUCAUCUUCUGUCGGUCCUGUGAUGAAAACUGCCGGGCAGACGCAGGUGUGUGUGAGCCAGGCCACUGUGGGAACCUGCAAGGCCGCGGCUCCUGCUGUGGUCAGCGCAGCGUCCCUGGUGUCCACCCCAAACCCUGUCUCUGGGAAGGCCACAGUGUCAGGGUUGUUAAAGAUUCACUCCAGUCAGUCCAGUCCGCAGCAGGCCGUCCUGACAAUCCCUAGCCAGCUCAAGCCUCUCAGCGUGAACACCUCUGGAGGGGUGCAGACCAUACUGAUGCCUGUGAAUAAAGUGGUGCAGUCAUUUUCUACCAGCAAAUCCCCUCCUGUUCUGCCUGUGGCUGCCCCAGCUCCAGCUGUCCCCAGCUCUGCUCCAGCAAGUGUUGCAAAAGUGAAGACUGAACCAGAAACCCUGGUGCCAAGCUGCCUUUCAAAGGAGGCCCAGACUGCGGUGAAAACAGAAGAAAGUUCUGAGCUGGGAAGCUACAUCAUUAAGAUAGACCAUUUGGAGACUAUCCAGCAACUCUUAACAGCAGUGGUAAAGAAGAUCCCAUUAAUAACUGAAAAAAGCGAAGAUGCCAGCUGUUUCUCCGCCAAGUCCGUGGAGCAGUAUUACAGCUGGAACAUUGGGAAAAGGCGAGCUGCCGAGUGGCAAAGAGCAAUGACAAUGCGAAAAGUCUUGCAAGAAAUUCUGGAGAAGAAUCCAAGAUUUCACCACCUGACUCCCCUUAAAACUAAGCACAUUGCACACUGGUGCCGCUGCCACGGCUACACACCUCCGGACCCUGAGAGCCUGAGGAGCGAGAGCGACUCCAUCGAGGACGUGCUGACCCGGAUCGACAGCGAGCCAGAGUGCCCGUCAUCCUUCUCUUCCGCCGACAACCUCUGCCGGAAACUGGAGGACCUGCAGCAGUUUCAGAAAAGAGAACCAGAGAAUGAGGAGGAGGUGGACAUCCUCAGCCUCUCAGAGCCACUAAAGAUAAACAUCAAAAAGGAGCAGGAAGAGAAACAGGAAGAAAUGAAAUUGUACCUGCCACCAACUCCUAGCUCUGAGUUCAUUGGAGACAUCACACAGAAGAUUGGGAUCACCCUGCAGCCUGUGGCACUGCACCGGAAUGUGUACGCGUCGGUGGUAGAAGACAUGAUCCUAAAGGCCACGGAGCAGCUGGUGAGCGAUAUCCUGAGACAGGCGCUGGCCGUUGGGUACCAGACGGCGUCUCACAGCAGGAUUCCCAAAGAAAUCACAGUGAGUAACAUUCACCAGGCAAUUUGCAACAUUCCCUUUCUGGACUUCCUCACAAACAAACACAUGGGGAUCCUGAACGAGGAUCAGUGAACACCGGGACAAUGCCCUCGGAAAGCAGGACUUAAGCGCUGUCUGAAGUGGGGGACUGCAGUGACUCUCCUGUCCCGAGAGGUGGUUUCUGUGUACCUCGGGCAUCGCAGCCUUGCCCUGACUUGAGUGUAAUACCAGAGUGUCUGCUCCACGUGAAACCUUGUAGGACAGAGUCUUGUUUCCUGGCGUGGAAGAGGGUUUAGAUGGAGCAGGGCCAGGCCGUGAGCUACCAGGUCCUGCACUCCUCUGGGUGUGCUCAAGGGGGCGCCUCAGGCCCACGUCCCAGGAGAGGAAAAGUCUGUCAGGCAUAAGGUUGCUCCUCUGGCUGGCGUUGCACUGAGUUGCACUGAAGCAGAUCGGGCUUCGCACUCAGUGAGGGGCCGGGUGGGAGGCUGCACACUUCAGGAUCGUGGAUCUGAGGAGCACAGGUGCACAGUGCAGCCAGUGUGGGACCCAAGUCGAGGGAUGGGGAACCGGAAAAGACCCAACUAACCGGGAACCCAAGUGCGUGAGGAGUGGACGGAUCCACAGAUCCCGACUUGGCAGAUUCACCCCAGCUCCACACGGGUACGGGAGCUGCAGGAGCUGUGCUGCCCCGCCUCAUGCGCCUGGGGGCCCCGAGCCAUGCCUGUCCUGUCAGCGGCCCUGCAUCCUGUCCUCCUGUCAGGUUUUUCCCCCCGGAAGAAAAUGUUUAAGAGGAACACCUGUGAGUGCCUUAAAGUCGGAGAAAGAAGAGCGCGGGCUGCCCAGAGGCGUCCUGAGCAAAGCCACCUGUGGGAGGGCGCAGAGGGGGGCGGGCAGCAGCGCCGCCGCAGGUGUCCGGGCCGCGGGGGCUCGCCAUCCCCGCCUUUCCGACACGGUCUGUGUCUCAGUCAAAAACCUGCUCUUUUCUGCUCAGUGAAUAUUCGAAACCUGUGAGUAGAGCCAGCGAAACUUACACAAGCGCCGUAAUUCGAGUUUCCAUGGGCCCCAUAGAUGUUUGUGGGAAGUAAAGCAGCCAGACGGCAGAGUUAAAUCUACCCUUCUAAUUCAGCCUGAGAGUUGCAAGUGCAGGAGAAAUCUUUACAGUGGGGUGUGGGCCAUAGGGGCGCCCUGGCCUGGUGAUAAAUAGCUGAGUAGCUCUGGCUGGGUGCGAGCGGGCGCAGGCUCAGCCCUGUGGCUGCAAGAGCUGAGGAGACAGACACUUUUGUUUUGGGUAUGAGCGCCUACGGAAGUUUCCUUUUGGAAAAAGAUACUAAAUGAUGUAACAGCCUCCUGUGUUCAUGUAUAGUGUAACAAGAUGUCUACAAUAAACCUUUUAAUCACUUCUCGGCCAUUUGGCUAAGAUCAAGUG